AAACGCGAAACCUAACAGAAAGAAGAGAAGACCGUGGUCGUUGUCAACAGAAGGCAGAGAAAAGAGUUCUCAGUGAAGCAUGAAAAUGGCGGAACAAAUCGAAGCAAAGGUCGCAGCAACUCCACCACCACCACCACCAACAACCGAAGCUGCAGAGAUUCCUUCUAGCUCCAAUUCCAAGGGUCUUAACCCUACCAAGCUCGUUGUUCUCGCUGACCUCAACGAUCCUCCUGAAGCUGCCGACGACGACGACCCCCUCCCUCUCCCCCUCCACCAUAAUCUCCCUCCUCCUCCACCGCCACCACCGCUUCCGCCGCCUCCAAUCACCAGGGUGGCAAAUGAUGAAAACAGCCAAGACAAGAGUUUGUUGUCCAAAGAAAAUGAUACAGUUGAAGGUGAAGGUAAAAAGUUGAACAAAUUGGGGAAAUCUCGCUCCAGACUUAGCAAGACAGAUUCUUCUCUUGACUGUGGAGCUGAUGCAGAUGGUGAUCAACAUGUUCAGGGGGCUACUUCCUCUCGGGAGGAAAAAGUUAGCAGCAUGAAAACUGGCUUGGUUCAUGUUGCAAGAAAGAUGCCCAAGAAUGCUCAUGCUCAUUUUAUUCUUGGCUUGAUGUACCAAAGAUUAAGCCAACCUCAAAAGGCUAUAUUAGCUUAUGAGAAGGCUGCCGAGAUCUUACUCAAGCCUGAGGCUGAGAUUGACAGGCCAGAGUUGCUUUCGUUAGUUCAGAUUCAUCACGCACAGUGCCUGAUACUAGAAAGUUCAUCAGAAAAUAGUUCAGAUAAAGAACUUGAACCUCAUGAACUCGAAGAAGUUCUCUCUAAACUCAAAGAGUCAAUGCAGUCAGAUAUCAGACAGGCAGCUUUAUGGAAUACACUAGGUUUUAUUCUUCUUAAGAGUGGCCGUGUGCAGAGUGCUAUCACAGUUUUGUCAUCAUUGUUGGCCAUUGCACCUGAGAACUAUGAUUGCUUGGGGAACCUUGGGAUAGCUUAUCUUCAAAGUGGGAAUUUGGAAUUAUCUGCAAAAUGUUUCCAGGAGCUCAUCCUGAAGGAUCAAAACCACCCUGCAGCUUUAGUAAAUUAUUCUUCCCUACUUUUGUGUAAACAUGCUUCAGUCGUAGCAGGUGCUGGUGCCAGUGCUGCUGAAGAUGCUUUGGCAGAUCGUGCUAUGGCUAUUCAUGUUGCUAAGGAAUGUUUGUUAUCUGCAAUUAAAGUGGAUGGCAAAUCAGCCCAUAUAUGGGCAAAUCUUGCAACUGCAUUUUCUCUGAGUGGUGAUCAUCGAACAUCCAGCAAGUGCUUGGAGAAGGCAGCAAAACUGGAACCCAAUUGCAUGUCUACUCGAUAUGCUGUUGCUAUCCAUCGAAUAAAGGAGGCAGAAAGAUCUCAAGAUCCUAGUGAACUGCUUUCAUGCGCUGGAAAUGAGAUGGCUUCUAUAAUAAGGGAUGGUGAUUCAUCACUGGUUGAGCUUCCAAUAGCAUGGGCUGGGCUUGCCUUGGUUCACAAAUCUCAGCAUGAGAUAGCAGCCUCAUAUGAUAGUGAACUUCAUGAGUUGAUGGAAGUUGAAGAGUGCACUGUUAGCAGUUUAAAGCAGGCUAUAGCAGAAGAUCCAGAUGACCCUAUGCAGUGGAUUCAACUUGGCCUCCAUAGUCUUUGCGCUCGGCAAUUCAAAACAUCACAGAAGUACCUCAAAGCUGCUGUUGCCUGUGACAAGGACUGCAGCUAUGCUUGGUCUAACCUAGGUGUUUCCCUUCAACUAUCAGAGGAACGGUUACAUGCCGAAGAAGUAUAUAAGAAAGCUUUGUCUUUAGCAACUACCGAACAAGCACAUGCGAUAUUAUCCAACUUGGGGAUUCUCUACCGCUAUCAAAGACAAUACCAACGAGCUAAGGCUAUGUUUUCAAAGUCACUUGAACUUCAACCUGGAUAUGCCCCUGCAUUCAACAACCUGGGUCUUGUGUUUGUAGCUGAGAGUCUUUUGGAAGAAGCCAAGUAUUGUUUUGAAAAAGCCCUUCAAUCAGACCCUUUGCUUGAUGCAGCCAAGUCCAACUUGGUUAAGGUGAUUUCCAUGUCAAACUUGUGUAGAGACCUCUCUUCAUGCCACGUUAAAGAAUGAUAUGUACCAUUUGAGGGAAAAAAAAUGAGCAAUUGAGUAUAGUGUGCUUCUUGCUCACCCCCAAGUAUGUAAUUAUAUAUAGACUAUAGUCACUUAAUUGAGUGCAAUAAUUGGCGCAAAGCAACUUAGGAUGGUCAAAAAAGGGGAAAAGAAAGAUACGAGAGAAAACAUAUCCAUUUCUCAUCAUUAUGAGCUCAAAUGUUAAGCCUUGAGGAGAAAUAUUGAGUUUGUAAUUGUAUUAUUUAUAAAUUAAAUGGAUCGUGAGCCUUAAUGUAAAUAGUAGAGUUAAUAUUUAUCGAAUGUUUUUAAAA